AUGUGCAAGCUCUUAUCCUGGGGCCCCCGGGCACCCCCUACCAAUUCGGGUUCUUUGAGUACCUGGCAGGGGCAGAGAGGAGAGCAAUGGUCGUCCGCCCAGGGCUUAGAGUCGAUCUUGAUCUCAAUCCAGAGCCUGAUGUCAAACAACCCAUAUGAGAACGAGCCUGGCUACGAGAAUAAAACGUCAAGAACAGACAAACUCAGCAUGAAAUCUUACUGUGCCAAGAUUCGUCACGAAUCCCUCCGGAUCGCGGUCAUCGAACCACUAGAGUCGGCAUUAUGCGUCCAAACUGACGCGAUUCAGAAUACUUUCAGCUCGUCUGAUGAAGGAGACCAACAUCUCUAUGACGAUGAUGAGAUCAUUACCUUUGAUGAUUUCCGUAAAAGGCGGUUCUUGUGGUACUUCGAGUCCUAUAUGCAAACCAUUGACGAGGCUAUCCCGGAAACGCCACCCCAACGUAAAUUCGAGACCAUGCCAUUCGAGGGUUACAAGAACGGAAUGGAAGGUCAUUUCAACUACCCCGAGCUCAAAAGACGCCUGAGUCAGGUCAAGGACAAGAUCUUCGAGGAGACCUUUGGCUGGGUGGAUGAAGGAUCCCAGGCCAAAAAGCAGGAACUGGGCAUUGCGGUCAACCUGCAGCGUCAGUACGAACAGAUUGUGGAGCACUUCAAGAGCCAAAAGAACUUCACGAUCGAUUUGAGCUUGGUGGACGGCAACCCUUUUUUAUGGGAGUUUAUUUAUUUCGGUCGGCCCAUGACCCAGCUAGACGGGGGCAUUUUCAAGUUCAAGAUCUACUUGAGUCCACGUUUCCCCGACGAGCAGCCUCGCGUCCUCGUUGAAACAUCGCUCUUUCAUAUCCGCGUGUCCCCAUCCGGGGUCCUUUGCUACUCCCCUCAGCGACCCGACGAGAUGCGCUUCCACAUCGAAGCCAUUGUUGCCGCAAUGGAGGAAGAAUCGCCGCCUUAUGACCCUCGAACUACUGUGAACCCCGAAGCCACCAAGCUUUUCUGGGGAAGCCCAGACGAAAAGAAGCAGUACAAUCGGCAGUUACGGAGAUCGGUUCAGAGGAGCGUCGAGUGA